AUGUCGGCUACCAAGAGCCUGUUGGCGACCCCGCGCUUCGUCUGCCGGAGCUGUUCGCGCUCCCUUCGAGGAAGCCAGCUGCGGCGCCGCUUCUCGACCAAGACCGACGACAUUUACGAUGUGGUGUGCGUGGGAGGCGGCCCGGCCGGCCUCAGUCUCUUGACCGCCCUCCGCUCCAGCCCCGUCGCCUCUCGUCUCCGCGUCGCCCUCGUCGAAGCCCAGGACCUCGCCAAGACGGCCGACUGGUCCCUGCCCGCGACGCAGUACUCCAACCGCUGCAUCUCCCUGACCCCGACCUCGGCGCAGUUCCUCAACACCAUCGGCGCGUGGGCGCACAUGCGCCGCGACCGCGUGCAGGCCUACCAGGAGAUGCAGGUGUGGGACGGCCUCACCGACGCGCGCAUCGAGUUCGACUGGCCGCCGGGCUCGUCCGGCCCCGGCAACACAAUCGCGUACAUGGUCGAGAACCUCAACGUCACGUCGGGCUUGCUGAAAAGACUGAACGAGCUGGGCGGCGUGGAUGUCUUUGACAAGUCCAAGGUGGACAGGAUCGAGCUGGGCGAGGAGACCGAAGACCUCGACUUGAGAGAGUGGCCCAUCGUCCAUCUUUCCACCGGCAAGAGCCUCGCCGCUCGGCUGCUGAUCGGCGCGGACGGCGCCAACAGUCCCGUUAGGACCUUUGCCGGCAUCGAGAGCCGCGGCUGGGACUAUAACCGCCACGGCGUCGUGGCGACCCUGCAGCUCGAGGGUGACGGAUGGGGCGGCGAGUACAGCAAGAUCGCCUACCAGCGCUUCUUGCCAACCGGGCCUGUCGCCAUGCUCCCUCUUCCGGGCAACUUCUCUACACUCGUCUGGUCUACCACGCCCGAGAACGCUGCCGUGCUGAAGAAGCUCCCCGCAAAGGAGUUCGUCGCAAUGGUCAAUGCCGCGUUCCGCCUCAGCCCGGUCGACUUGGCAUUCAUGCACACCCAGCCCUCCGGCCAGGCGGAAGAGUAUGCCUGGAGGAUGCAGCACACGACCGUUGAUGCCGAGACCGUGCCUCAGGCCGUCGUCGGCGUUCAGGAGGGCUCCGUGGCGUCCUUCCCGCUCAAGAUGCGGCACGCAGACACAUACAUCGGCGAGCGCGUCGCUCUCGUCGGCGAUGCAGCGCACUCUGUGCACCCGCUCGCGGGGCAGGGGUUGAAUCAGGGCCAAGGCGACGUUCAAAGCCUCGUCAAGGCCAUCGAGUACUCGGUAACGCACGGGCAGGACCUCGGGACGCAGCUGUCCCUCGAGAGCUACAACAGCGAGCGGUAUGCCGCCAAUCACGUCCUCCUCGGCGUAUGCGACAAACUGCACAAGCUGUACUCGGUGGAGAGCGGGCCACUGGUGCCGCUGAGGUCCAUCGGUCUCAAGGCGGUCAACGCCAUGACGCCGCUGAAGACGUACAUCAUGGAACAAGCCUCGUGGACGGGAGCCAAAGCCUAA